GAGAGAGAGAGAGAAAGAGAGAGAAUUAUUGAUUUGUCAGCAGGCUCUUAUGCAUCCUAUUGCAUAUUUUAAUUACUGCAUUUCAUUUGAAUAUAUCAAUUCAUCAGAUAUAUCAAAUCACGUAUCGCAAUGAAUAUUCAGAUCUGAACUGUGUACAUACAGGUGAUUCAACAUCGUAUUCAAAAGAAAAAGACAAUAUAUUUCUCAAUGAGAAAAAAUGGGAAGAUAUAUCCAUAAUACAAGAGUACCCUCCGUUUUGUAACGAGCAGUCCAACGCAGAUAUGUCCAGUAUAAAAAAAAGCCUAGAGCAACUCUUACGAUUACAAACAACAUGUAAUUUAGAUAUUAAAGACAUAAAACAACGACUAACUAAACUGGAAAAUAGGAUAAAAAACCGUGCAUUAAGUCCAUAUGACGAUAGUUUGAUUGUACAAUUGUUACCAUUAGUCACAAUAAACAACAUUAAAGAAUUUGAUUCGAUGCUGAAAACUUCAAACGAAGCAGUGACACAUUUUAAACGAUUUAUAUCAAAAAUUGGAGGAAAUAACCCUAGAGAUAACAUCCAUAGUACUCUGAAAAAGAUUUUUACUAAUGGAUGUGCCAUAAAUUGCUCUUGGAAGGGUAUACGUAACCAUUUUCGAUUAGAUAAUUUACAGUUUGUAAUAAUUAUAAAAAGAGAGAUUACCUUGCAUCAUAUGACACUCACGGAAACAGAAUUUGAUAAUAUCGCGGCUGAAUGGUUUCGUUUUGCUAAACAACGACAAAGAAGAGCGGAAAAGGGAAAAGAUAAAGAGAAUCAGAGAGAAGAGAAGACAAGAGAAAAUAAAGAGAAGGAAGGGGAUAAAGAGAAUGAAAAUUUAACAAAUGCAUAA